AUGCGUUUAAGCUUCACUUUCAGCGUUUUACUAACAAUUAAUUUUUGGUUCAUUCUGUCCUUGGCUCAAACGAAUGGCACAACGGAACCCCCUACUUCAACAGCAGUGACAACCGGGACCUCUUCAACAAGUUUACUGCUUAAUUCUGCUAUCGGAGCGUGCAACUGUGAUUUAACCAGAGAUAAUUGUGAUGUCAAUUGUUGUUGCGAUCCUGACUGCAGCGCUAUUGAUCGAGCAACCUUUACAACUUGCACUGUUGCAACACCAACAAACGAUGGAAGUCGAAGCUGUGUUGCUACUGGCGUAAUUUUCAUAUCUAAUACCCCAACCUACAGAACAAUUAUUGAUAAUGGGCUAUUCUGCGUUUACAUUGAUAAUAAUGCUGCAAGAAAUUAUUACGAAAUCCCAAGACAGGUGCAAGAUAACGUGACAUUUAAUGCUUUAGCAUCUAAAUAUCGUAGAACAUUUACACCACAAGCUGCGUCGGUCGCCACAACAACGUCAUAUUAUAGAGUCGGUGAUAGACUAAAAGUUAUCUAUAACGAUAGCGUCGUUGGCAUACUUAGUCUACCUAAGCCAUUAUUUUCAGAUAUUUGUGAUGAUAACAAUCCCGCGUUAUUUUAUGUAAACGAUGUUAGUGAGUGUAAUCGUCAUAUUAAAGAUUUUAAUCGGGAAUGCUCAUCGUUUAGUUUCCUAUCCGCUGGGUCGUACUUUCAAAAUAUCCGUGUUGCUAAACUUCCAUCAGCUUUAAAUACGAGCGGUGGGGUAGUUUUUAGCAAUCCUGAUGAUUUGAUCAAUAUUAAUGUAUCAACAUCUAUUUUAUGUAUUGAUGUAUCAACCGGAUUUUCAUCACCAUGUCCGUAUACAUUUGCUCCUUCUCCGACGUACCACAGCAGCAAUAACACAUGUUCAAAUGUGCUAAAAGAACUGAGUUAUGAUAUUGUAACUAAUGGUACGCGUGGAAUAGUUAGCCUAUCUGUGACUUUAACUUUAACAAGUUUAAAUGCUGCUAAUAUAAAUUCAACGUAUUUUCGUCAAAAAUUUUCUGUUAGUUAUACAAAUAAUGGUAACGCAAAUACAUUUAGGCGAUCUGGUAAUCCUGGUUAUGUAGUUAACCAACCUCUGCUCGCUGGAAAGCUAGGCACUAAUACAGCUAAUAAUCAAGUUAUACUACUCGGUAGUAGCUCAAAUGGCCUGUUUACAGUAAUAUCACCGACUGCCUCUGGUUCUUGCGUUAGAAAGCAAAUCAAUAGAACUCCAAUUCGAUUUGGAAUUAACAUGAGAAGUGGAUGUGCUCUGAGAGUUGAAUUGAAUAAUUUGACUAGUGACUGUCAACUUAUUCGAGAGCAGAUAAUAAAUACAUUGAUUGGAGCUGAAGCGCCAACAUAUGUAGCAACAUAUGGAAAUUCAGCAGUAGAAAAUAUUAGCGAUUGGGUUGCAAUCUUAAGGCAAAAUGUACCUCAGACUUCGCUAAAUACAUUGACAGGUUCAUCUGGUAUUUGUCCAAACGUAGUGAUGGGGAUACAUAUCCAGAUUCUUUGGGCAUAUACCGGUUCGCUUGCCAAUCCGCAAGCUAAAAUUAUUGGAAUCUCUACUUCGUAUGAUGAUCCUCAAAGUUUAGCUUAUCAAUGUGUUGGCGUAUCAUGCCAAUCUUCUUCAGGAAUCACUCAGCAUUUUGAGAUAACAACAACCGUUUCUUUUAUUGACGUAUCGGAGAAACCAGGAUCUCAACUAAGAUCGCCACCUAGACUAGAGGUGAAAAUGCCAUAUGACUUUUUUUAUCCAUUUCUUAGUUCUUCCGUUAGUUGUAACUGCAAUCGAAUAAUUUUUGCUUUGGUUACCGAGACUGCUAUGAUCUACGAACGAUCAUAUGAUAGCAUAUACUUCUGA